GAGAGAAAAGGACACAUGAACGUGUGGGACCUGGAGGAGAAGCGAAGGAGGAGAAGGAGAAGGAGAAGGAUGCUGUCAAACAUGAGCACUGGCACCUUGUUGUCGAUCUGCUUUAUCCUGGCAGAGCUGGGGGGAACUUGGGCUCAGGAAGGAACAGGUCUGUGGCCGGUUCCGCCUGCAGGGAGGCCUGGGACCUCGGUUUCGCCCCGCAGAACUCGCAGUAUCCCGGGUCUCCUAGCUGAGCCAGGAUGGGCAAGAACAGAGAUGCUGGGGGGGGGCUUGGACAUCGAUACUCUGCCGAACAAUAUGACUCACAUUGUGGAGGACUCUCAUCGGUAUUACACAUGGCGAAGUUUUGGACCAGCCGACAAGCACACAGAAGACCUCUGGGUGGAUCUGAACGACCCACGGCUCAGCCAAGUUCGAAUGCACGGGAUCCUGUCCAACACGCACCGGCAGGCUGCGCGGGUGGCUCUCUCCUUUGAUUUCCCCUUCUACGGCCAUUACCUGAGGCAGAUCACCAUAGCAACUGGAGGGUUCAUCUUCACGGGCGACGUGGUGCACCGCGUCCUCACCGCCACGCAGUACAUCGCCCCACUCAUGGCUAACUUUGAUCCAAGCUUCUCCAGGGAGUCUACAGUGCAGUACAUGGACAACGGAAAGGUGUUUGUGGUACAGUGGGAUAGGGUGCGUCUUCAAGGCCGGGAGAAGGAUGGGGCCUUCACUUUCCAGACUGUCCUUCAUCAUUCCGGCGCCAUCGUCUUCAGCUAUAAAGACGUUCCAUUACCGGUGGAGGAGAUCGGUUCCACUCUGCACCCUGUGAAAGUUGGCCUGUCAGAUGCAUUCAUGGCUCUCCUUCCCUCUCAACAAGGCCCAGGUGCCCAUCGCAGGACAAUAUAUGAGUAUCACCGAGUGGAGGUUGACACCACGAAGAUAGCCAAUCACACGGCCUUUGAGUUCACCCCAUUGCCCACUUGCCUCCAACACGAAACCUGUGAGCUCUGCCUCACUUCAAACCUGACGUCCGGUUGCAGCUGGUGCAACGUACUGCAGAGGUGCUCAGAUGGAAUAGACCGACACAGACAAGAGUGGCUGGACCAUGCCUGUUCGAAGGAGCAGGCUGAAGACCUCACCUGCCAGGACUACAACAUGGACGGGGAGGAUGAUUUACCAGAAGGCUUUAGCCCCUCGGGCCCCGGGGCCACGCCUACUCACGGGGCCUUUCCUGAGGGCCCCGUGACAGAAGAUGAUACUAAACACCUCAUUCGUUACAGUGGCAACGGUCAGAAAACGGGACUUCCAGGACAGCAGGGGGCGCCGGUGCACACGGGCGUAAUCGCCGGGGUGGUGUCAGCCGUGGUACUGCUGCUGGCCUUUGCAGUGCUAGCACUCUACAUCAACUCGCACCCGGCUGCCAGCCCACCUCUCUACCUCUUACCGCGACGCAGUAAAUACUGGCCCUCCAUGAAGUUCCGGAACCAGAACGGCCGCUCCACCUACACCGAGGUGGACGUCGGGGGCCACGAGAAGGAGGGAUUCAUUGAGGCAGAGCAGUGUUGAGGCAGGAGCUCAGAAUUUGGGUGCGUGUGUGGAAGACACAGGAGGUGGGCUGUUUCUGAGAGGCAGAGGACCAAUGGAGAGGCAGGGGCACCAAAGACCAAAAGAAGAAAGAAACAUCAGCCCCCAAAACACACUCUCAAACUCAUUAGGUUUAUCUGGUCACAUUCAUUCAUAAAUCCUUCCUGAGGAUUGAAAAAGUAAAUAUUAAAAUAAUGAUUUAAAAAUUGCUGGAGGACCUAUUUGGGAUUGCGGGGGCAUGCUCUAACAUCUUUGGCAGUCACAUUUGCUCACUGCUCACUUCUAAAAGAUCAAGACGAAAUACACAGAUGGGUAACCCAUCACUAAUGCAAAUAAUGUACAGCGAAUCUUAGUCGUACAUUUUUUUUUUUCUUUUUGGAGGAAAAUCUGUUUUAUAUUGUCAUGCUGUUUAUCGAUUGCAUAUAAAAAUCACAUCGAAUUUGAUAUUUUGUAAAAUAUAUACAGUUUUUGUCACUGAUGCUUGCCUGCAUAUUAUUUUUUGCUAUGAAAAAGAAGCAGAACUCCCUGAUGCAGAAUACGACAUAAGGCACAGUUUGAUCAGACUUCUCAUGAAGUUAACAGUCCGAGCAACUGUCCAUUUUCCAUAGCUGCUCCUCCAGUACGAGGCCAUGGUGAACCUGGAGCUCUUCCCAGGAAACUAAGGGCAUGUCCUGGAUGAGACGCUAGUCCAGGUCAGGGCGGACACUCAAACACUACGGGCAAUUGAAAGACACCCAUCCCAUCUACAGACUGCAUGGACCACCCAGGGGGAAUCAAGCCCACAAUUCUGGAUGCUUAAUCUUACGCUGCUCACUGCUGAGCUGUCGUAAUGCCUUGCGCUGUACAGAUUAUCAAUCAAAUUAUUGCGUGGAAAAUAACUAUGAAUAAAUUAAAGUUCAUACAUUUUCAUUAGGUCGGUAUUUCCCAACCCAGUCCUCAAGAACACCCAGACAGACCACAUUUUUGCUCCCUCCCAGCUCCCGACAUAUCUGUACCAGGUAUCCGUUACUUGAUUGGCUGGGAGCUGUGGAGUGUUUGGGAUUCCCUGCGGACUGGGUUAGGAAACGUCUUGAACUAGUGGCCAGUGGAAAAACCUGGCAUUUUUUGGCAUUAUGCUUUAAAAAUUACUACACAAAUAUCGGCGGUAAUGUUUAUAAAGAAUCAAAGAAUGUUAAUGUCAUAUAUUGGAUGAUCAAAUAAGUAACUGGAGCAACAGUUCUACAAUCUAAAAUUUGGACGUAGUCUGGGUGAUUCAACACCUUGGCGGUUUUCGAACGUAGGUGAGCAUGGAUACUCCUGCUUUUCUGCUUGUUUUCAGAAGAGAUACCAAAUGGACACAAAAGCGACAAAGCCUUGGGUAUGGGCUCCUGCCCUGUGCAUUAUGGGAACUCACAGAUGGACUAUCUGCAGCGUAUCCAACAGCAGGUGUGGGGAAGAUUACAUCAUUGGCCACAUCCUGUAAUGUCUAUGUCUCCAGAAAGGCGACGUCCAUUCUUUGCCAAUUACGUCGAUCCACACUGGUCUUCCGGGCUAAUCGGUGCAAUUUAUGUCAAAACGUCAUAAGAACAUCAGCACAAUAGAAUAAUAUUGGUUGCCCUGCAGCUCUGCCCUUGUAGAGCCGUCCCAGAGCUCCGCUAAAGCCUUUGAAGCAGUCAUGAUUACACAGAUGCCAGCAGCUUCCCCUAAACAGCAGCUAGGUCUCCAAGCUUCAAAAUAGGCUCUGCUAAAUGCAGCAAACCCAAAGCCACAGCUAUGUCCAAUAAUAAUCUAAAUAGAAAAGGCUUUAAGGACAGCUGGUGUAGCAUUAUGGUGCUAUAUGUAUUAAUAAAACCUACGUGGUUUCCGUGCAUUUUCUUUUUCACAUUAAGCUUUAAAAUGGGAAACAGCCACAGUGAAGUGUGAGGAAAAGAAAUUUGUGCUGAUUUAUUAUUAUUAUUUUUUAAAUAAGAACCUCCGGUCAUGGUUUGUUAGCUAGGUAACUAAAUGUUCGUUUUCUGGAACGAUCCAUUAACUCAAUCAUUGGGCUAGAGUACCUGUAAAAAAAAUCGGCACACUAUGUGAGAUUGCCCCCUGCUGGACAAAAGAAGAUUAGCCGAUACCUAGAGAUCAGUUAAUGAGGAUUAAGGAAAGAUGCCAAUUACUGAAUUUUCACACAGUAACAAAUUUGUAUUAAAUAACGCGCUGGAUACCACGUGUCCAGUUUAAAACAACAAUAAGCCCCAGUCUUCAUCACUGGAGUAAUUUUGCUCCGCAAUUUCUAUUAAGGCAGGCUGGCUUCCACCGCACUGAUACAAGCCCCGAGAACAUAUACUCUGAUGUGGUUCUCACACUUUUUCAAUAAUAAAUGUAAUGUCAAAAACA